UUGCAGAUUAUUCUUUCCUAUGUUCCAUUGUUUCCAGGUUACACUUCAUUUUGUUUCACCGUGAUGCAACCAACCGGCGAAACCCGCGAUUUUGUGAACAAAAGGAAGAUGUGGAUGAAGAGGAAGAAGCAGCUUUCACUGCCAAAUCCUCUCUCCCAUAUCCACCUGGACCACCUCCACCAAGCAACGCCGUCAACUCCUCAACAAGACCGAAUCAGUGAAUUACCCAAGGACGUCCUUAGCCGAAUUUUAUCCUUGUUGCCCAUGCAAAUGGCUAUCCAAACCAGCAUCUUGUCAACAAGGUGGCGCCAUCUCUGGAAAUCCACCCACGUUGUAGAUUUCCACGAUUUACCCUUCUCUGCCAGGAAACCUGUUGACUAUACUCCCAUCACCCGCUGCUUAAACAGCCUUGAAUCUCCUAAUAUCAAAUCAUUCACCGUUGUUGGUCACGUUGGCUACCGUUCUCAUCCUGAUGUAAGAAGAUGGGUCGAGUUUGCAUUCUCCAAAAACGUCGAAGCUCUGAGGAUAGGUCUCAUGCAAAUUUCUUAUCCAGUCAAAUUCGCUCUGUUGCCAAGAUCUUUAUUUACCAAGAACGAUCAAACUCAAAAGAUAAAGGUUCUUCUUCUAAGCCACGUUGACUUUACACCACCUCGAGGGGUGACGUUUUCUGGGUCUGGGUUUGUUUCUCUUCAGUCGCUUUCUUUAACAAAUUGUAAACUUGUUAACGGGACUGUGGAGUCGCUUCUUCGUAAAUGUUUGGUUCUUGAGGUUUUGGUCCUCGAUAGUUGUUUUGGGCUUAUUAGGGUUAACAUCAGUGGUCCAAAUCUUAAGCUGAAGCAGCUUACUUUCAAGUGGAACCUUUUUGAUGAUGUGGAGGAGGUGGAUAUGUUAUUCGAAGUUGACGCUCCUAGUCUUUCAACUCUGAAGUACUCGGGUGACUUAGCCGCGAUUCGUUUGAAGAACUGUGAGGGACUAGGGGAAAUAAUCCUACUAGGGGAGUUAGAAGAAGCUUAUCAGGAAAUCAUUAACCACAUUAGUGAAUUGAUCAAUCAAGUCACUCACGUGAAGAUUUUGGGUGUGAAUUUACAGUUUCUUCUGUUCGUGGGCAUUGAGUACUACACGAGGGGCCUUCCAUUCUUAUUAUUCCAAAAUCUUCAGCAUCUGAUUUGGUGUGGUUCACCGAAGUCUCAAAAUGAAGUUUACAACCUUAUAUGCUUCCUGGGGGAUUGUCCUUGUCUUGAGACUUGUGAAAUAGAUUUUCGGCAGCAAUAUUAUUGGGCUGCAUUCUGCGAUACCGUAAGGGAGAGUAUUCAGGAACCUACAUUUGUCAUGGACGAAGGUGCACAAUAUCAGCUGUAUCAGGGUAGAUAUCUAAAAAAGCUUAAAUCGGUUAGAGUCCUGUGCUUUUCAGGCUUUGAUGGUGAAAUGAUGCUGGUGCGGUUGUUGUUGGGAAAGGCUGUGAAUCUUCAAAAACUGGAAUUGCUCUGGCAGAAUGAUCCUAGUGACAUGACUGACAAUGUGUUGCAGAUUGUCCUUCGGCAACGUUUACAUAAAAGGAACCCAGACCCUGAUCUUGUAGCUACACAAUUGAAGAGAAUUUUGAUUGAAGACCGGGUCACUGGUUUGCCCAGAGCUUCUCCUAAUGCCCAAGUCCUAUUCAAGAGCAGAUGGAAAUUUUGA